AUGCCGGUCAUCACUGAUUUCGUCUUCCCCAGAUCACCAGAGGCUCUUACUCUGCCCCAAAAUGAAGAAUCUACAUUCUUCCUAAUUUUCACCACAUCAAAUGAUCCGAAAACCGGACAAUCAUGGUGUCCUGAUGUCAGGGCUGCCCUACCGUAUCUGAAAGCCUCAUUUGCCUCUCAAGAUAGUCCACAGGCUGCCUGGGUUGAGGUUGGUCAAAGAGACCCGGAUGCAUUAAACAGGUGGAGAGUCUCGACAAAUGUCUACCGCACCAAAUGGAAUGUUCACAACGUCCCUACCUUGGUGCGCUACCAGCGCAUUGAUGGGCAGGUAAAAGAGACUGGGCGUUUGGUGGAACGAGAGAUUCUGGAUUCCAAGAAAUUGAAAGACCUGAUUAAACCAGAACAACAGAUAUAUUCGGACUAG